AUGCCUGGGUUCAAUAAAUCGCCAGAGGAGAAUUUCGACAGCUGGAAGAGACCGCAUGAAACUCCUACUGAAUGGCGUGUAAGACGACGGUUUCUAGAGAAGAACUUCAAUAAAAUGCAACCCGAACGACUGGAGUGUCUUUCACAUUGUUUUACCAAUUCACAGUUGUAUGGAGUAUCAUAUCCAUCGAAAGUCAUGGAAGAGGUCAAAGUUUUGGGUGAAGGAAUUAUUGAGGAAUCUAUUACAUUGAAGCAAUGA